UUUUUUUUUUUACAAUUCAAAAAAACCCAACCUUUUCAUUUAUGUUUAAUUUUCUUUUCUCUCUCCAUCAUUUCAUUUUCCUUUCUCUCCCAUUCUCCAAAACUGCUCUCUUCUGUUCUUCUUCUUCUUCCUCUCUCUCUCCCAAAUAAUUCAAAAUACCUCUCGACAACGACGGGUGUGAGAAACACGACGCCGGCGACGAGGGCUACGGGCAGGAAGAAGACGGCGGUGCUUGGCAACGCCGGUAGCGGUGCUUGAAGAAAGACGAAGUCGGCCGAGCAAGAAGGAAGACAUCGACGCUAGUAGCGCGAGGAAGACGACUACACCAGCUGCGAAGAGAAGAAAUUUUUUGAGGAACAACCCGGGAUGAAGAGAACGAAAAUGGUUGCAUCGAGAUCUCGUCAAGGAGAAAAAACAAGGCAGCCUGCUAUUCCAGAAGUUGUGAAUUUCAUUUGGAUUUGCAUGUGUGAUGUAGUACGAACUCAUCCUAGUAAUUAGUAAUUAAGCAAUGGUUUCAACUUUCACGGGGAACUUGGAUUUGUAUGUAUGACCAAGAACGAUAAAACAGUACCAAAAAGUUAGUGGUAGAGU